CCCCACUAGACAUCACUCCCAACGACGACAACUGUUCACUUGACACCCUCGGUGCCGACACAAGUGCAGUACUUUGGUUUCCCGGAAACGACAUCGCAGUAGCUCCAUAAACAACGCGCCUCAAGGUCCUCAGUCAAGAUGACAGCGCUGUUCAACUUCCAGUCCCUCCUCCUCGUCAUCCUCCUCACAAUUUGUACCGCUACAUACGCGCACUACGUGUUUCCCGGCAUAAUCGACCGCAACAAGGAGAACUACUUUGUCAGCCCCAUAUGGAAGGCCGCGAGAGUGGGUGAGAGGCUGAGCCCGUAUGUCAGUUUGGCGUGCGUGAUCAUGGCGGGGCUAACGUUCAUGGGAUGAGCGUUGAUUAGCAUUGAGGACUACGACGACGAUUAUGCAUGAGCUACCAAUCAAUUCGGUAAGGGCAGGCGCGGGCGCGGUGCAACGGUGGCGAGCCCUAGAGACUGAGGUCACUCGAGCUGCGACAUGUGAGCAAGCAGGCGCAGGAAAGACUCCAGGCGAGCGAUGUCCUCGUCAGGUUUGACUGCAUGUGAUGAAUGUACGACGGCACCACGCAUGUCAGGUGGCUAUGAUGGAGAU